AUGUCCAGUUAUACAGGCAAUCGAACCGGGGAAACCCCGGGAAAGAUGUUUGGUGGGUGGUGGAAGAGCGGCGCGUUGAUGGACAUUUUGAUUCAAUAUUGGUACUUCACAGGGGAUAUUUCCAACAAUCCUGCUGUUGACCAGGCCAUGCAUUACCACCAAGGAGAGAACAAUGACUAUUUUUCUGAGAACUGGAGGUACUACAUCCAUAACGAUCAGCAUGUAGCAUGGGGCCAUGCGGCCAUGACCGCCGCCGAAGUGGAUUAUCCUCCGAUUCCCUCAGAGCCGGCUUGGAGUACCCUGGCAGAGGGGGUCUUCCACUCCCAAAUUUCGCGGUGGGGUAAUGAAUCCUGCAAUGGCGGCCUUCGCGGGGGGGCCCUGCCCUAUCAAAAACGCAAAUAG